AUGUUCUUUGUUUAUUAUGUUCCUUAAGCCAAACCCUCUCCCCCCGAGGUAUCGGGCCCCACGGGGAGGUCCACACCUGGGCAAACGGUGAACUUCACCUGCAAGUCCCACGGCUUCUCCCCCAGAAACAUCAUCCUGAAAUGGUUCAAAGAUGGGAAUGAGCUCCGAGCCUCCCAGACCACCGUGGACCCAAAGGGAGACAGCCCUUCCUACAGCAUCUCCAGCACAGCCACGGUGGUGCUGGCCCCGGGGGAUGUUCGCUCCCAGGUCAUCUGCCAGGUGGCCCACGACACCCUAAAGGGAGACACUCCUCUUCGUGGGACUGCCAACUUGUCUGAGAUCAUCCGAGUUCCGCCCACCGUGGAGGUUACCCAACAACACACAGUGUCAAAGAACCAGGUGAACGUCACCUGCCAGGUAAAGAACUUCUACCCCCAGCGCCUACAGCUGACCUGGUUGGAGAAUGGAAACACGUCCCGAACAGAAACGGCCUUGACCCCCAUAGCGAACAAGGAUGGGACCUUCAACUGGAGGAGCUGGAUCCCGGUGAACUUAUCUGCCCGCAGGGAGGACGUGACGCUCACCUGUCUGGUGGAGCACGAUGGGCAGCCGGCAGUCACCAAAAACCUCACCCUGAAGGCCUCUGCUCCUGAGAAGAACCAGAGCACAGAGGGAUCCUCUGGUGAUACUAAGAACUUCAAUAUCUUUAUUGUGGUGGGCGUGGUGUGUGCCUUGCUGGUGACCCUGCUGAUGGCGGCCCUCUAUCUCCUUCGAAUCCGGCAGAAGAAAGCCAAGGGCUCCACUUCUUCUACAAGGCUGCAUGAGCCCGAGAAGAAUGCCAGAGAAGUAACCCAGGUACAGUCCUUGAUCCAGGACAACAAUGACAUCACAUAUGCAGACCUGAACCUGCCCAAGAGGAAGAAGUCGGCCCCCCGGGCCCCUGAGUCCAACAACCACACGGAGUACGCCAGCAUUGAGGCCGUCCGGCCGACUGCUCCUGAGGACACCCUCACCUAUGCCGACCUGGACAUGGUCCACCUCAACCGGGCCCCCAAGCAGCCAGCCCCCAAGCCUGAGCCAUCUCACUCGGAGUAUGCCAGCGUCCAGGUCCAGAGGAAGUGAACUGGGCCUGGGUCGUCUGUGCCCAUGAUCCUUCCUGUCCCACGUGGGGCAGCCAGCCCAGUUCCUAAAGGGCCGGGAUGGCACAGGUCUUGGGACCCAAAGAUGAGGCUGGAUCUUGUCUCUGCAGCCCGCUUGGCUCUCCAGCAUUUCCAGGGUGGUCACAGCCCCCUACAUUGCCACACAUGGAGGCCAAUGCUGCCAGACCAGCCGGGGAGCCCACCUGGCCAGAGCCACCAGGAGUCCAAGAACUCUGAUGCCUCUCUUCAUCAACCAUGGUCUUGGCCAUGGUCUUGGCAAUUCUUGACAGCCUCCUUGAUGUUCUGCAACCUGAUCUUCCGAGGUGAGGAGUGAAAGAACCCCCACCUGCCCCUCCUACCACCACCACCAUGCAACUGGGGCUCCAAGAAAAGUUCUGCUUAAAUUAAAUUGCCCCAUCCAUGGAGAAGCUAGAAAAAAAAAACAAAACCCUCUGGGACCACAUCCUGAGACUCAGUGAGGUUGCUGUCAAUAGUCCUGGCCUCCUGCAUCCCUGGACUGACAAGUCACAAGCCCUGGGAGGGGAGGACACUCCAGGGAAUCCUCCACUACCAAGAACUGAGUAACAAGACCCUCCUCCUCCUGCCCUCUGAGACUUCUUGAGGACCCAGCAUCCUGACCUUGACACUCCAUGUGGACCUGCCUCGCCUUUUAGACCUGAGCUUGCUUCCUCCAGCUAGCACUAACUCAGCAACAUCUCGCUGUGGACGCCUGUAAAUUAUUGAUAAAUGUGAAACGUGCAAUCUUGAAACUGAGGUGUAAGAAAAUUUGAUCUGUGGUGUUUUGUUUUGUUUUUUUCUUAAAACAACGGCAGCAUUAUCUUGGCUCUUUGUCAUGUGUUGAAGUACAUGGUUGGGUCUUGUGCUGUCCAAGAUUUAGCAGUUGGUUUCCUGGAGGGAAUAUCCUGCAGUAGAAAGUGAGUCCCUCCAUGUCCCAGAGCCCUGAGGAUGGGAAGAAGGUUCCAGUUUGGCUGCUCCACGGAGAUGCUUACCCUUCUCUCCAGGACUAAAUUGGCCACGUUCUCAGCCAAGCCACGAGGCUGGUACUAUUGCCUUCCUGCCCCCAGCGUGGUAAGUCUGAACCUGCCAGUGUUUCUCCAGGCUACGGUCUUGUUAAGACUAAUGCCUCAAUCUGCUCACCUGGAAAGGGGAGAGGAAAGAUGCCUUCCUCCCCACCAUUCCUCAUAAGCACUUUAGGGCCAUGCAGGGUAGGAAGCAGUGCCUGGGUGUUUCCCCCACCCCUUUAGCAACCUUCCCCCAUUCCUGCUCUCUCAGCUGAUCUCUGCAGUAGAAAUCUUCCAUCUCUGCUCUCAAACCCCAUUGGGAUCAAACUGGAAUAAAUCCAAGACAGACAGGCGGUCUGGGCAGCUAUGAAGACAGGACUGACCCACCUUUCUGUCCCUCUGUCCCAGGAGGUUGGGCAGAAGCUGUGACCCAUUGUCCUCUGACCCCCACCCUUCCAAUUCAGUGCGGGAGCCUGGCUGAGCCCAGGGCAAACAGAAUUUGCACGCUGUGUCUUCACGUGUAACCGCUCAGCUCUUAGAACUGAGACACUAAGCUUCGCCGCCCCCCACCCCUGCCCCCGCCUGGGUCCAGAGACUUGGUGCCUAAGGGAUUGUUGCUCAGGCCACCCGGAGCGAAAGGGAAGCUGCCCCAUUCUGCCUGUAAGCACAGCCUACAGGUGGAACCCCGGGAGCGCAGCACAGACCGGCUGCUGGGGGACAGGGAUUUGGUGUUUUACAUGACGGCAUCCAGGGACGAGCUGAGCCAACAGGCCAUGUGGGCAGCUUUGGCCCAACGAGCUAGAGUUUCUCUGUGGCAUCUGGGAGCACAGUGUCCCAGCCACCUGCCUCGGACUAUUUCCAAAUUCCAAAAGGUUGGCUUUUAAACCAUUGUCUCCCUGUCUUCUGCCCAGAGAGAGCACACAUACACACAUACACACUCACACAGAAUCUUGAAAGAAUGUUUUCUUGGUGCCAUUUUAAUUUAACUUUAUUUUGAAUUUUGGAAGGGGGGUGAGGGAAUGAGGCCAAGGAAGCCGUGUAGUUUUAGCUCAGACUGGCAGCCUGGAGAUUCUCAUACCUUGUGUAUCGAACCCCAGGGAAAGGAAGAGGUUGGAUGACAGUGCGGAAGGAGCGUGGUUUCGAGAGUUUAUUUUAAGACUGCUGGGAAGGAAACAGGCCCCGUUUUGUAUAUAGUUGCAACUUAAACUUUUUGGCUUGCAAAAUAUUUUUGUAAUAAAGAUUUCUGGGUAACAAUGA